UGGCAACUCCUGUCACCAACAUCCGUAUGGACAAAGUGGAGCAGAAGAGUGUCUCCUUGUCGUGGCAGGAGCCAGGCGUCCCGGCCAACGGCACUGAGUACGAGGUCAAGUACUACGAGAAGGAUCAGAGAGAUCAAAGCUACUCGACUGUGAAAACAACAUCAACGGCCGUGACGGUCAAUAACCUGAAGCCUGGUACCCUCUAUAUUUUCCAAAUCCGAACAUCUUCCUCCCCGGACUACGGGAGCCACAACCCUGGCAUCGAAGUGGAGACGCUGGCAGAGUUGACAGUGGCCUCCAGCGAGCAGAACCCUGUCCUCAUCAUCGUGGUGGUGGCUGUCAUGGGGCUGACGGUGCUGGUGUCCACGACCAUUGGCGUGAUGGUCUGGAGGAGGCAGUGUGGGUACAGCAAAGCCAGCCAGGAUGGAGACGAGGAGCUGUACUUCCACUUUAAAAUACCGACCAGGAGGACGUACGUGGACCCUGACACCUGUGAAGACCCCAUGCAGGCCGUGCACCUCUUUGCCAAGGAGCUGGAUAACGCCAGCAUCAAGAUCGAGAGGAUCAUCAGGACAGGAGAGUUCAGGCAGACCUGCCGGGGGUGCCUGAGGCUGCCCAGCAAGCGCGAGCUGCCCGUGGCCAUCCAGACGCUGCGCGUGGGCUGCUCGGAGAAGCAGCAGCGCUCCUUCCUGGCCGAGGCCUGCACCAUGGGCCAGUUCGACCACUCCAACGUCAUCCGCCUGGAGGGAGUCAUCACCAGAGGGAGCACCAUGAUGAUAGUGAUGGAGUACAUGGGGAAUGGCCUGCUGGACUCCUUUCUCAGGAAACACGAGGGGCAGUUCACGGGCACCCAGCUCAUCUGCAUGCUGCAGGGCAUUGCCUCCGGCAUGGCGUACCUGGCCGAGAUGGGCUACGUGCACAAAAGCCUGGCUGCCCACAAGGUCCUGGUGAGCAGCAGCCUGGCAUGCAAGAUCACUGGGUUCAAGCGGCCACAGGAAGAUAAGAUGGAGACCAUCUUCUCUACCAUGCGUGGGAAGAGCCUGGUGCUGUGGUCAGCCCCCGAGGCCAUCCAGUAUCACCACUUCAGCCCGGCCAGCGACGUGUGGAGCUUCGGCAUCGUCAUGUGGGAAGUCAUGUCCUACGGCGAGAGACCCUACUGGGACAUGUCCCACCAGGACGUGGUGAAGGCUGUCGAGGACGGGUUCCGCCUGCCCGCGCCGGCAAACUGCCAGCUGCCCCUGCACCAGCUGAUGCUUGACUGCUGGCAGAAGGACCGCAGCCAGAGGCCCAAGUUCUCGCACAUCCACAGCGUCCUGAGCAAGCUGGUGCAGAGCCCAGAGGCCUCGAAGUGCCCCAGUUCUGUGUGUCCCAGGUCCCACGGCACAUCCAUCCCCCUCUCCGAGCGAACCUUCUCGGCCUUCCCGUCUUUCAGCUCUGUGAGCGAGUGGCUGGAGGCGAUAGAAAUGGGCAGGUACAAGGACAACUUCACUGCUGCAGGCUACUGCUACCUGGAGUCGGUGGCCAGGAUGACAGCCCAGGAUGUCCUCAGCCUGGGGAUCACCAUGCCAGAGCACCAGAAGACCAUCCUGAGCGGGAUCCAGACGCUGCGUGCCCAGGUGAUCCAGAUGCACGGCCGAGGGGUGCAGGUGUGA